CCUAGGCUGGGCUCGAUGGUUCAUGCCUGUAAUCCCAGCACUUUGGGAGGCUGAGGCAUGUGGAUCAUGAUGAGGUCAGGAGUCUGAGACCAGCCUCGCCAACAUAGUGAAACCCUGUCUCUACUAAAAAUACAAAAAAUUACCUGGGCAUGGUGGCGGGCACCUGUAAUCCCAGAUAUUCGGGAGGCCGAGGCAAGAGAAUUGCCUGAACUCAGGAGGUGGAGGUGGAUCGCGCCACUGCACUCCAGCCUGGGCAGCAGUGGGAAAUUCUCUCUCAAAAAAGAAAACAAAAGAGAUAUCCCAGAGUUCCGCGGGCCGCCAGCCCUUCCGCCACGGCCGCCAUUGGAGAGCAGAAGCCAUGGCUCUUUGCUACCCUGCGGCUGUGGGCCUCAACAAAGGCCACAAGGUAACCAAGAACGUGAGCAAACCCAGGCACAGCCGUCUCCGCGGGCGUCCGACCAAACACACCGGGUUCGUGCGGGACAUGGUCGGGGAGGUGUGCGGCUUCGCCCCGUAUGAGCGGUGCGCCGUGGAGUUACUGAAGGACUCCAAGGACAAACGGGCCCUCAAGUUAAAAGAAGGGUGGGGACACAGCUGCGCCAGGAGGAAGCGGGAGGAGCUGAGCAAUGUCCCUGCCGCCAUGAGGAAAGGCGCUGCCAAGAAAGACUGAGCCCUCGUCCCUGCCCUCUCCCUGAAAUAAAGAACAGCUUGACCCCCCAAAACAAAAACAAAACAAACAAAAAGAGCUAUAACCUGGAAGCACAGGGAACACCGACGCCGGUGAAGCCUCUUAGGCUGAGUGGUGACAGAAUGGCCGUAUUAGUCAGGGUUGUUCCGUGUGAACAACAGAAGCAGACUGCGGCUAAUGUAAGCUGUAGAAAAAUCAUGGAAGGGUAAUGGGUUGCUCAUGGAAUUGAUGCGGAGGUCAGAGAAUCUGGCUCAGAAAUGGGCAGGAGCUGAGGGAGGCCGGGAAACAGGCUAGGACGCCCCUGGAGUGUUACUUGGGUGUUUCCAUUCCUCCCUGGACCCUCACUGUCAUUACUAUUGUGCGUAAUUUCCCAAAUGUUGCGUUAGCUUUGUGUUUUUUCACAAGAGUCAAGGCCUUAGGUGGGAAUCCUGACUAGCUAGCUGACCACGGUUCUGCACCUGAGUAAAACUUUAUUAGGGUUUAGCAUAUGCAAUAAAAUGCAUCGAUUUUGGGGGUGCAUUUUGACAAGCUCUGACAAUUAUUAUUUUUUUAAACAGAGUCUCACUGUAUUGCCCAGGCUGGAGUGCAGUGGUGUGAUCUCGGCUCACUGCAAUGUCUGCCUCCUGGGUUCAAGAGAUUUUCCUGCCUCAGCCUUCUGACUAGCUGGUACUACAGGUGUGAGCCACCAUGCCCGGUUAAUUUUUAUAUUUUUAGUAGAGACAGGGUUUCACUAUAUUGGCCAGGCUGGUCUCAAACUCCUGACCUCAGGUGAUCCACCUGCCCCGGCCUCCCAAAGUGGUGCAACUCUGACAAAUUUUUAUACCACAUAACCAUUGUAUAGAACAUUUUCAUUUCCUGGCUCUCCCACCCCAGCAAUUCCCUAGUACUGCGCCCCAGCCAAUUCUCAUCUUCUAUCCUAGGCAGUUGAUUUGUCUUUUCUGGAGUUUCAAAUGAAUGGUAUCAUACAGUAUAUCGUCUUUUGUGUCUGGCUUCUUUUGCUCAGCAAAAUGUUUUGAGAUUCAUCCACCUGGUAGUGUGCCAAUAGUUUAUUCCUUUUUUUUUUUUGAGACAGAGUCUCCCUCUGUUGCCAGGGCUGGAGUGCAGUGGUGUGAUCUCGACUCAACACGGCCUCUACCUCCUGGGUUUUUCGUGCCUCAGCCUCCCGAGUAGCUGCGAUUACAGGCACGUGCCACCACACUCAGCUAAUUUUUGUAAUUAGUAAAGAUGAGGUUUCACCUUGUUGGCUAGGAUAGUCUCAUGAUCCACCCACCUUGGCCUCCUAAAGUGCUGGAUUAUAGGCAUGAGCCACCAUGCCCGACCGAGUUCAUUCCUUUUUAAUACUGAACAGUAUUGCAUUGUAUGUAUAAGCACAGUUUGCUUAUUCAUUCACCUGUUGAUGAACAUUUGUGUUGUUUCCAGUUUUUGGCUGUUAUAAAGAAAGCUGCCAUGAACAUUUGUGUAUAGUGAGGGGAAAUAUACUUUUAUAUCUCUUGGGUAAAUACCCAGAAGUGGAAUUGCUGGGUCAUAUAUUUAACUUUAUCAGAAACUGUCAAAUUGUUUUUCAAAGUGUUUCCAACUUUUACAUUUCUACCACCAGUGGAUGAGCGUUCCAGUUAUUUCACAUUCUUGCCAACAUCCUUGUAUGACCAGUCUUUUACAUUUCAGCCAUUUAUUAUUUUAUUAUUUAUUUAUUUUUUGAAACUGAGUCUUGCUCUGUCACCAGGCUGGAGUGUAGUGGCGUAAUCUUGGCUCACUGCACCUUUGGCCUCCUGGGUUCAAGCAAUUCUGCCUCAGCCUCCCGAGUAGCUAGGAUUACAGGAGCCUACCACUGUAUCCAGCUAAAUUUUCUUUUUUGUAUUUUUAGUAGAGACAGGGUUUCACCAUUUUGGUCAGGCUGGUCUCAAACUCCUGACCUUGUGAUCUGCCCACCUCAGCCUCCCAAAGUGCUGGGAUUACAGGUGUGAGCCACCAUGUUCAUAUAUUUUAGCCAUUUAUAUGACUAUGAAGUGACUUGACAUCUCAAUGUGGUCUAACUUGCAUUUUCCUGAUGACUAGUGAUGUUGAGCAUUUUUUCAUGUGCCUAUUGGCUAUUCAUAUAUCUUUCGUGGUGAAGUAUGUGUGUAAUUUUUUUUUUUUUAGAUGUUGUCUUGCUCUAUCACCCAGGCUGGAGUGCAGUGGUGUGAUCUUGUCUCACUGCAACCUCCGCCUCCCAGGUUCAAGUAAUUCUCUUGCCUCAGCCUCCAAGCAGCUGGGACUACAGGCACAUGCCACCACACCCAGCUAAUUUUUUGUAUUUUUAGUAGAGAAGGGGUUCACCAUAUUGGCCAGGCUGGUCUCCAACUCCUGACCUCAGGCAAUCUGCCCGCCUCGGCCUCCCAAAGUGCUGGAAUUACAGGCAUGAGCCACUGCGCUUGGCCUACAUGUGUAAUUUUUUGGCCUAUAUUUGAAUUGGAGUGUUUGACUUCUUUUUAUUGAGUUGUAGGAGUACUUUUUAUAUUCUGCAGAUCUGUUUGCAUAGCUCUCUCCACUCCUGAGAAAUCUAGCUGCCUUGGCCAUCCUGAACUUCUCUUUUGUUCUCCUCAGCUCAGUGAGGUUGCCUGGCUCUGUUUGGAUUCCACUUAUCCACAUUGCAGUCCAGAAUUUGCUUCCAGGAAGAAGGCCUGGGUGAUAAAAGUUGGUGGAAAAGUAAUUGCGGGUUUUACAAUGGAAAGUAAUGACAAAAACCACAAUUACUUUUGCAUCAACUUAAUAGUAGAUCUUAAAUGUUUCCCUUCUCACAGAAAUUACAGUCCUGCGCUGCCUGUUGUCCAAUGUCUGAACAUUGUUAUUUUCCACAUUUCCCUCAGUUUUCUCUUUUCUUUUCUUUCUUUCUUUCUUUUUUUUUUUACAGUUGGAGAGUUGUUUUGGAAGUUUAUUUCCUGAUGACUGAAACUUCCUUUUCCAUUCUGAAUGCAUUUAAAACAGCAGUGUUCCUUGUACAAUUGAAAGUGUCUUUCUUCCUCUCUAAAGGGGGUUGCUGAGUAGCGAGUAGAGGGAGAAACUUCCAUUCUUCUGGCUUCUUGUUUCCUUAUGGAAUAAGGAGUGGGUUAUUUGGUGAAUUUGGGAGAAGGAAUAGGGCAUGUAUAGCUAUGUUCUUCUUCCUUUCUUUUGGGCAUGUGUUUUUUUAAUUGUUUUUGACCAUGUAGUAAGGUAUUUGACUGCUGUGUCUCUCAACUGGUGAAGAAGAGAUGAUUUUUUUUUGUUUG